GCAGACUUACCAUUCAAGAUGGCCGAGAAGGGAAUAAGUGUGUCACAAUUGACGCUGGUGACAAACGAGAAUGAUUCAAAACCACUCGUUCGAGCUAAACAACUGCCCCAAUACGUUGCCGCACUGUCUGCUACCCUAGGAGCACUGGCAUUCGGUGGAGUCUUGGGAUGGUCGACGUCAGGUGGCGAUAAUGGAGAAAAAUUGGCAGAACAAUACAACAUGACAAUAAGCACCUCGGAUUUUUCGUGGAUCGGUUCAGUGACGAAUUUGGGAUCAGCAGCAAUCUGCAUUCCCAUGGGACUGAUGAUGGACGCUUUCGGGAGAAAGCGCAGCAUGCUGAUGCUAACCGUUCCCUACACGAUUGGCUGGUCACUCGUCAUCUGGGCGAACUCGGUGGCCAUGUUUUGCGUCGGAAGGUUUCUACUCGGCUUCAGUGGCGGCGGAUUCUGCGUGUCGGUGGCAGUUUACACCGCAGAAAUAGGCGAGAAGACGAUCCGAGGAAGGCUGGGAGCGUUUCACGAAUUGAUGCUGACAUCUGGAAUUCUGAUUUCGUACAUUCUCGGUACCCUGAUACCGAUAUACUAUUUAUCGAUAACUUUCGCGGUCGUUCCGCUGAUUUUCUUCACCAUCUUUUCAUUCAUGCCAGAAAGUCCAACGUACUAUUUGAUGAAGGGUCGAGAAGAAGAGGCCAGAGCCAGUCUUCUCAGAGUCCGAGGCCCUAAAUAUGACAUCGAACACGAGCUACUUCUGAGGAAGUUAGUACUUGCGGAAGAGAUGCGGUACCAAGGCUCAUUUCUUGUAGCAAUAAAGACGAAAGUAGCUAGAAACGGACUGAUAAUAGCCUACGGCUUAAUGUUCUUCCAACAACUGAGUGGUGUCAAUGCGAUUGUGUUCUACACUGGAAGUAUUUUUGGUCAGAACGGCGCCAUUUCCACUGACGCAUCUACGAUCAUUGUUGGAGCUCUACAAGUCAUAGCGACCUUCACUAGUCUGCUCAUAGUUGAUAGGCUGGGCCGUAAGGUUCUGCUUCUUGCAUCGAUAAGUGCAAUGACGGUCGGCAUGCUUGCCUUGGGUACAUACUAUUACUUGGAAGAGAAAGGAGUGGACGUUUCAUCGGUCAACUGGAUCCCGCUUGUAUCCGUUUGCCUCUUCAUCCUCAUGAGCAGUCUCGGUUUUGGGCCAAUUCCAUUCAUGAUGGUCGGUGAGCUAUUCUCACCUCAAAUAAAAGGCAUCGCUGGAAGCAGUGCCUGCGCCUUCAACUGGUUGAUGGCAUUCUUAGUGACAAGGACGUUCAACGACCUCGUCGAAGCUUUUGGGAAUUACGCUACUUUCUGGAUGUACAGUGUGAUUUGCGCGAUUGGUGUAUUGUUCGUUAUAUUCAUUGUGCCGGAGACGAAGGGGAAACCAUUGGAACAAAUUCAACGUGAACUCGGUGCAAAGAUCUCUAUCCCCGUAGAUAUAAAGUCUUGAAAACUCUUGACUGGCUUACAAUGUACCAACAACAAAUCAAGGUGACAAUUUAUUUAUGUGAUAGUUUA